AUGCACUCUUUGAGAAACUUCAUCUGUGGCCAAUGGUCAUCUUCUGUAAGACUUGAUGGUAAAACAGUAAUAAUAACUGGAGCCAACACGGGUAUAGGCAAAGAGACAGCAAGAGACCUGGCAAAGAGAGGAGCUCGAAUCAUCAUGGCUUGCAGAGAUCUGGAGAAAGCAGAAAUGGCCCGAAGAGAAAUUCUGGAAGAUUCCGGAAACCAAAACGUUGUUGUCAGUAAACUGGAUUUGUCAGACACCAAAUCAGUCAGGGAAUUUGCAGAUUUUAUAAACAGAGAGGAGAGGCAAGUCAACAUUCUUAUUAAUAAUGCUGGCAUCAUGAUGUGUCCAUAUUCCAAGACUGCUGAUGGCUUCGAGAUGCAGUUCGGUGUAAACCAUUUGGGACACUUUCUGCUGACUUAUUUGCUGCUGGACCUCAUAAAGAAAUCCGCUCCCGCCAGGAUUGUCAACGUGGCCUCCGUCGCCCACACUUGGGGCGACAUCCGUCUGGAUGACAUCAACAGCGAGAAGAGUUACCAUCCCCGGAGAGCGUACGGACAAAGCAAACUAGCAAACAUCCUCUGGACUCGUUCCCUGGCCAGAAGACUACAGGGCACAGGGGUGACGGUGUACUCCCUGCAUCCUGGUGUGGUACAGUCGGAGCUGUGGAGAAACCUGAGCAGACCCAUACAGGUGGCUGUGAAGGUGUUCAGCCCCUUCACUAAGACCUCCGUUCAAGGGGCCCAGACCUCAAUCUACUGCGCUGUGGAGCCCCAACUGGAGAAAGAGAGUGGAGGCUAUUACAGUGACUGUGCUCCUGCCAGAUGUUCACAAGCGGCGAGAGACGAUGACAUGGCUCAGAAGCUGUGGGAACUCAGCUGUAAGAUGCUUGGAAUAACAUGGGACUGA